AUGGCUUCUUCAAACCCUUCCUGGUCGUCGCUGCUUCCUUUGGAGUUGUUAGAAAAUAUACUUCUCAGGAUACCGGUUGAAUCUUUGGCACGAUUCAAGUCCACAUGCAAGGAAUGGCGUGCUCUUCUAGACGACAAGAUAUUCAUCUACAAACACUUGGAUCUCUCCCAUGAAGGUUUCAUACGAGUUACUGAUCACAACUCGUAUCAAAUCAUCAAUCUUGAGACCCUAUCUCUUUCGAGUCUACAAGGUCCAUCUAAAAUUGGUUCAAUGAUUCACUGCGACGGAUUAUUGCUAUGUAGUAUAGGUAGACGAUGUAUUGAACCUAUAAAAGAGAGAAAACUAGCAGUCUGGAAUCCGUUUUUGGGCCAAUUCAAGCGGAUCAAACCCUCGAGUUCUUACACAUGGUUUGAUAUCUACGGUUUUGGAUACGACAAUGUGUCUCGUGACAACUACAAGAUCUUGAGGUUUAAAAGAGAAAAAGGAUGUGAAGAGGUUGAGAUAUAUGAGUUGAAGUCACAAUUCUGGAGAAGUGUUGAUUAUUCAUUGGCUUAUUCUUGGUGUGCAUGGAAGAGCCAAGCUAUGUCUAUGAAUGGAAACAUGUAUUGGAUUGCUGAAAGGGAGAAUGAUAACUCCAAAACUUAUUUCAUCCAGUCUUUUGAUUUCUCCAAAGAGGUAUUCAAAGAAACAUGUUGUAUUCCCUUUAUAAAUCACAAUGAUUGGCAGCUGCCAGGCCGAUCAGGUUUGUCGCCACGCCUAUCAGGUUUCGGAGGAGAUAGGCUUUCUUUGUUAGCUCAACAGAGAUCUGGGGAGAUUCAGGUUUGGGUUACAAACAAUAUUGUGACUGAUGAGGUUGUCUCGUGGAGCAUGUAUUGUAAUGUGACUCCUGAUUUCAGGAUAUUAGCCCUUCAUCCAACAUACUUGAUCCACCAUACCGAUAGGGUCAAGUUAUGGUUCCACCAUACCGAUAGGGUCAAGUUAUGGUGUUCGGAAAAAGACGACCGAGAUGAAUGUAUCUACGCCAGCGUUUACGAAAUAGGAGAGGGGGAGGUCAAGAAACAAGUUGAGACAGAGCGACAUGGGUGGUAUGAACGCGUUGGCGUUACUAAGCUUUCUUCUGCAUUUGUACCAAGUCUGGUUCCGGUUCCAAAGCAAGAGGAGACUUCUGAGGGUUGCUCCUGCUAA